UCGCAGCUUCCUGAUGAACCGAUGAACCAUCAGGAGUCUAAAGACGAUCGUCACUUCAGUAAUAAGUCAAAGAAGAAAUUAAACCUGUGCGGAACCCACACAAACUAACGAUGGGCGAUGUGAAUGUGGAAGCAGAAGAGGAGGUGAACAAACAGGAGAUCAGCUCGGAGCAGCUUCCAGAGCCGCUGCUGAUAAUCCUGUCCCCACCUCCGCCUUUUCUACCCUCCCCCGGUCAGCCAACCAUGUUUUGGCACAAGUGGCUUAAAUCUUUCGAACGCUACCUGGAGGCGCUCGGUGAAAACGAGCUGGUGGACUCCAGUAAGUGCGACCUUUUACAGAACUGCCUCGGCCCAGAGGGGCAGCACGUCUUCACGUCGCUGAUCCGGAGCGAAGCCACGUACGCUGAGGCCGUCUCGCUGCUGACGGGUUUCUUCUCCGCCGACCCGACUGCUCAGAUGUACCGCCUCGAAUUCCAUCACAGGGCCCAGAUGCCCGGAGAGACCGUGGAUCAGUUUGUGUCUGCGCUACAGGAACUGCUGUGGCGUUGUAACUACGGAGACUCGCAAGAAAAACGUCUCCUGGAUCAGCUGAUUGCAAAAACAAACCACCCGCAGCUCAAAGAGAGGCUUCUCCUGGUGGAGGACACGCUGACCUUGGCCGAAGCGUUGCUAAUCGGCAAAGAGGUGGAAUCUGCAGGGUUCGGUUUUCAUGAGGUCAGCGUGGCCAUUGAAGAUGAUGUAGAAGUUCCCGUUCAAAGAAAAUCUAAAAGAGGGCGACCGAGGAAGGGCGAGACGAGGACUAAAGCAAAACCGCCCGUGGUUAAAACCCAAACAAAACCAUCUAGACACAAAGACAACUUCUAUUACAGCAACGAUAAGCUCUACUACAGCGAUACUGAUAAGUGCAACAGUGCUGCUGAGACGACUCCGGCUUGUGAUGGACCCAGCGAUGAAGGUGAUGAUGAUAUUGAAGCCUCGUCAUCGUCGCAGAUGGUGAAGGAGGAAGUCUGUGAGGACGACGAGGACGAGGACGACGAUGACUUUGUAGUUUCUUCAGCCAAACUCAAGGGCCCCUACUGCCCCCUCUGCACCGGCCGACGCUUCAGAGAUGCGAACAAACUCGGCAGACACAUGAGGACGCACACGAAGGAGAAACCGUUCAGCUGCCCCGUCUGCGCGCUGACCUUCAGCCAGUCCUACCACAUGACCCGACACCUGAGGAACCAGCACGGUGCCGGGCAGCACAUCUGCUCCACGUGCGGGGAAAGUUUGGGAAGCUUCGCCGAGUUGAAAAGUCACAAGAGGACGCACAAGCAAAUCCUGUCGUGUCCCGAUUGCAGUGAGAGAUUCACAAACGAUGACACGCUUCGUAGUCACAUGGUGUCGCAUGACAAAACCCAGUCUCCGCAGACAGAGGAACAGAGUUUACAGCGAAGUGAUGAAGCGAUUCACCAAGUGACAGUCGACUCGAGUCAGAACAACGAGAGUAACGAUAGCAACGAUGACGCUGCUGACAAUGAUUCAGACUCUGGUUGUGUCGAGACUUUGGAUAAAGGAUGCGAAGUUAAUAUCAAGAUGGAGGAAGACUCCGUCGCUAUAUCUCAAGAUGGAGGCGGUAAGAAGGAAAAAGUCGCCUCUCAGGCUAAAUCAAAAGGUCAUUUCUGUCCCAUCUGUGACGACAGGCGCUUCAGGGGUCCAAACAAACUCGCCAGACACAUGAGGACGCACACAAAGGAGAAACCGUUCACCUGUCCCGUCUGCUCUUUGACUUUCAGCCAGUCCUACCACAUGACCCGACACGUGAGGAACCAGCACGGCUCGGGAAAAUACAUCUGCUCUAAAUGUGGGAAAAGUUCAAGCAGCUGGCUGGAACUGAAAACUCACAAGAAGACUCACGCAGGAGAUGGUCUGAAAUGUCUCGCGUGUGAUACACAGUUCAAGGAGAAGGCGGCGCUCGUGAGUCACCUCAAACUGCACAAGAAGGUCCACACUAAUCCUCGCAGCCUCAUCUGCGGCGAUUGCGGCAAAGUGUUUCGUCGAUUGUACCAUUUGAAGCGCCACAUCAAGACCCAUCGCAAAGCGGCAAACGGCGAGAGUUUCACGUGCCCCGAUUGUCACAAGAAGUUUGCCUUCCCAGAAGACUUGAACAAACACCUGGAGGUUCACGUGAAGGAAAACAAUGGGACUUGCCCGAAAUGUGACCAAACCUUCAACAGUCCCGAGGAGCUGGAGACGCACAUGGAGGUUCACGACAAGACGUACGCCUGCAACACCUGCGGGAAGAAGUUCAAGGUGGAGUACGCGCUGAAGAAGCAUGAGCAGGUUCACCAGAACGAACAGUAUUAUUGUUCGUUGUGCCGAAAGCGUUUCAUCAAGUUGUCUCACUACAAAAGGCACUUACUGGUUCACGACAGGCGCGAAUCUAAAUGUCCGCACUGCGACAGCGUCUUUCUACAGUUGACAGCGCUGAAGUAUCACCUGCGGACUCACAGCGAAGAGAGGCCGCACCAGUGCACCUGCUGCAUCGAGACCUUUGAGAUGGAGGAAGAUCUGGAGCAGCACCGUCUCAAACACAGGAAAUUCAAAAAAGAGAGGCCGUUCUCCUGCACUCGGUGUGAUUCCGCCUUCUCCACGCUGGUGGCGCUGACGGAACACAUGAGCGAACACGAGGGAGAGCUGCCGUCAAACUGUCCCGUCUGCGGCAAGACUUUUCUGAACAAGAAGAAGCUGGAGAAACAUCUGACCAUCCACACGGGGGAGAGACCUCACCUCUGCUCCAUCUGCGGCAACGGCUUCCCUUCCGCCGCCAGCCUCAAGCUGCACGUCAGCAUCCACACCGGAGAGAAACCCUUCCAGUGCUCGCAGUGCAGCAAGAGCUUCAGGUCGUCGAGCGGGCUGCGGCUUCACAGCAGGCAGCACAUGGAGGUGCGGCCCAGCUACGAGUGUCCCGAGUGCGGCCGGACGUACGGACGCAUGACGGAGCUGAAGAUGCACCAGCGUUAUCACACGGGGGACAAACCGUACUCGUGCACCUGCUGCAACAAGCGCUUUAUUAGCAAAGACAAACUGAACGUUCACAUGAGGACACACACGGGCGAGAGGCCUUACUCCUGUCCCCACUGUGGACAGACAUUCACACAGACCGGAGACAGAAACAGACACAUCAGUAAAUAUCACUAGUUGUGGUGCUUUAGUUUUGAAUGAUUGGACCUGUGGUUCUGCAUGUUUGUAUGUGUGGGUGUCAUUAUGAGUCAAUUCAGAGGAAGUAAAAAAAUAUAUAUAUAUGUUUAUCAAGCUUAACGCUAGAUUAUGUAACUGAUGAGGUUUUCAGAUUUUUGGUAUUGUGUCCAUUUGAAUUUUGUUCAAAGGGACGAUGGGCAAAACGAUGUGAAACUAGAGCGGCACUUAGUCGAGCUCACACCUCCGCCAAGGCUCAACAGACCCAAACUCUCUAAUAAUGUCAGUUCCCCAAUAACACCUGAUUUUUUUUUUUUUUUAAAUCAAAGUCAGUGAAAAAAGAAUUCUGAUCUAGAUCCACCUCAACUCUUUCCUGACAAAUACUUUCUUGCACUAAGCUUCUAGGAAACUGUUCAUUUGUUUGUGUGAAGUCUUGCUCAACAAACACACGUAACCUUGGCCGAGGUAAUCGCUGUACUGGUGUCGAAUGAUUUCUCUGAGCACUACAAACAUUCGUUGUUGCCAUGCAAACAGAUUGUCUCCGCAGAUUUGUGUUCCUGCCUGGACUCACUUCAGUGUCACUACAUCCCUGUUAAAUACAAAAACCCUGCAUGACGGUUCAGUCCUUCUUGUUCUCCCUCUCACCGCUGAGCCGGGUGCAUUAGGCAUUUUCUCAUUCAAGCAUCCUGAGCUUGUUUACUCUCACACACACACUCACACUACUCCCUAGUGGAUUCAAUCUGGAUUCCAUCUGUCCCUCACAUGGACACAAAUGACACUGAAAACAAUAACAAAUGACUCUUCUUUUGUCUUCCUGCAAAAAGCAGCUGAAUCCACAGUUUUCCAGCUCAAGGACAGCAAAGAGCAAACAUUAACAAGACUUCAGAGAUCUCCCUUCAUUCUUUUCCUGCCCGUACCUCUGUAUGUGUUGUUCUGCUAUCAUGUUUAUUUCUCAUUUUCAUAUCUUUUAUUUCAGGCUACUGUGUAACCAAGCAUUAUUAUUACUCUGUUUAGAAAAGUGCCAUAAUAAUAAAACUAUAAUUCCACUA